GGAAGAAGGCCUUUGGUGCUGCUGCUCAAUGAUGAGUAUGGGACCAGAAAGGGUGGCAUAUCCACAGUCAACCGCCAGAUGGGGUGCUUUCUGGCUUCAAAAGGAGCAACGGUCCUUUGCACAGUCCUGAAUGCCACACAAGAAGACAAGGAUGACGCGGCUAAAGAUGGAAUUCAGCUGGUUUUCCCAAAAACGUUUAAACGUGAUCUAAGAAAGGCAGAGCUCUGCUGGUUGACCUUUGACCACCAGACCCGAUAUCCAGAUCUUCCCUCACACGUAGACUUCAUCGUGGGCCACGUACACGUCACAAGCCACGCAGGAAGACGGAUCAAGGAACGCUUUCCUGACGCCAAACUUGUCCAGGUCACUCACGUGAUUCCAGAAGACACCAAUCAGUACAAGGGUGAUGAGAGGGUGUUGAGCAUUGGCCAGGAGAGCCACAACAUUCUGGAUGACCUACAACACACUGAUGUUCUCUUCUCAGUUGGUCCAUUGAUGUAUGACUACUACAAGCAUCAGACAAAUCAACUACCGGUAAACUUACAACACCACGAGCUCUUACCAAAGCCGUCUGACAUCUUCAUCGAUAUGAAACUGAAGCCACCCGCCGACACGGAAACGAAAGUGGUGCUGUCCAUCGGCAGGGUCAAGGGUGUGGAGAGGCUGAAAGGCGUUGAUCUGACUGCAAAGACCAUGGGCAAGGUGAUCGACAAACUACCCCACACGAAGUGGCGACUUCGCGGCAUCAGACAUGACGAUUUCAAAGCAAGCAAGAGCAUCAUUGAAACCUAUACGGGUAACAUCAUCUUCUUCACUCCUCUGGAAUACGCUACACAGGAAGAGCUGUGCGAGGACAUGCGAAAGGCCGAUGUCGUCCUGAUGCUGUCUCGUGCAGAGCCAUUCGGACUGGUUGGUCUGGAGGCUAUUGCCGCAGGUGUGCCAGUCGUGCUUUCCAACAAAUCUGGUCUUGCAAAGUUCCUGACAAAACAAGAUCCCGAGUUUGACCGAACGAUCGUAGAGAUCGACGAUGACGACGAGGAAGCCGCCAAAACGCUGUCUAAGCGGGUCAUCAAGAUCCUGACGAAUGGACGCCGAGAGUUUGAGGCAGCACAAAGUUUGAAGAAGAAGCUUCUGCGCUCAGAGUACUGGGCUGCAUCACACAGCAAGCUCCUCCAAACCUUUGGCCUGGAGGGCUGAGCGUUUAACCACAGAGUUUCACCCACUGGCAAAUGGCAGUUCACAGUUCCACUUAAUGUGGCUUCAGAACCCACCGUGCACACGCAUCUGGAUCAACCGUUUGUCAGUCAUGUUGUAUAUACCAGUAAACAGGUGUACAUGUAUAACUAUUCCACAAGUCAUUAAUUCUGCAAACCAAUGGAUAUG